CUUCGAGACCAAGCCGUUGGGUCGGGUGGGAUAUUUUACCAUGAACCCCCAGAACCUAGAGUCAAUGCUGCAGACGCGUUUUGACGACUGCGAGCUCGGAAAUAGCCGAAAUGCGCUUCUGCCCAUGAUCGGCAAUGGAAUCUUCACCCAGGACGGCGUCGCUUGGAAGCAUUCGCGCCAUGUUCUCCGCCGACAGUUCGUGCGGAUGCAACGUCAAGACACUAAGAUCUUUGACGGGCCCGUGAAUGACUUGCUCGCGGAUUUGCAAUCUCGCUCUGAGGGCGUUGUGGACCUGCAGCCGGCCUUCUUCCGAUUCACAUUGGCAUUCGACUAUAUCUCGCUGACCUCGGCCAUCCGCAUGAGACUGGCGGAUUGGUGCUGGAUGUAUAACCCCCCCGCCUAUAGCAAAGCUUGCGAUGUGUUCCACCGCUAUGCUAGCCAUUACGUGAGCCAGACGCUUGAUGACAUGAGUAAAAACAGAGAAGAGGCUGCUACCGCACGGCAUCCAUUCAUUAGCGAUCUCCUCAAAGAGUUCCGGAAUCCUGACCUUGUUCGUGAUCAACUCAUGAAUGUCUUGCUUGCGGGCAGAGAUACGACGGCCUGUCUAAUGUCGUGGGCAUGUUACCAGCUGAUCCGCCGCCCAGCAUGUCUUGAGCGCCUUCGUCAAGAAAUCCUCUUGUCCACGCAAGAUGGAGAAGACCUGACAAGAGCGCAAAUCAACAAGAUGACCUACCUUCGAUGUGUCCUCAACGAGACAAAUCGGCUAUAUACGCAGAUUCUCGUAAACGUCCGCAUCGCCAGACGAACCACAUAUCAGCCGCGGGGCGCGGGCCCGACCGGCGACUCCCCGCUUUUGAUUCCGAAAGGCGCCGGAGUGGGCUUCUCUGCCUACCACAUGCAUCGGAGUAAGGAGAUUUAUGGGCCAGACGCCGAAGGAUUUCGCCCGGAGCGCUGGGAAGGACCCGAGCUGAAGAACAUCGGAUUUGGCUUUAUGCCUUUUCGUGGAGGGCCCAGGACAUGCCUCGGAAGUAAGUUUCAGCAGCGCCCCCCUUCCCCGCAUCCUCUAAUAUUGGAGAGGACCAUGGCUGAUGGCCCUUUUUUUGCGGAGGCUUUCGCCCUCACGGAAGCAUCGUUCGCACUGGUUCGGGUCCUUCAGGCGUUUCCGGAUCUUCGAAGAGCAACGGAGACUUCGAAGGUGCCUCCUGGUAGAGAGAAGCAGACUCUAACUCUUGUCGUUUCGAGCGCUGAGGGGUGUAAAGUGCUUUUGCAUUUAGUCGGUUAUGUGUAGUAUUCUGCUUGACAAGAUCCAUUUGGCGGGAUCGCUAGAUUUGACCCCUCGGGUCGUCUGGGGCAUCAGUCGUGCAUAUACUAUUUCCGAGAGUGAGAGUGAUCCGAGUAGCAU